AUGUCGAACCAACCGCCAUACUACGGCAAUGCGCCACACUAUCUUCUACAUUACCCUCCUCAACAACCACAGCAACAGCAUCUACAACAACCGGAACAACGGCCAUACUCAUACCUCCAUACUCCUGUCGCCCUACAGGGACCAACCUUCUCCUCAUCUGAACUACCCAGUCGCACCGCUCCCGCAGAACAAACAAAUCAACAAUCUCAUUCACAAUCCGACCGGUCGGGUAACCACCGUCCGUUUUCGUAUAUGUCGCCUGAUACCAACAGGGUAGUGGAUGAAUCAUUAUCGACGGUAUCGAAUAACAGGAGUGAUACCGAUUAUGUGAAUAACCUCUAUUCUCAUGUUUCCCCGCCGCCGCUCUCUGAACACCCGGCGCAAUUUGCCCCGUUUGCAGACAAUACCACCCCACCACCGCAGACACAGCAACUGCAACAAGCUCAGGAACAAGGAUAUCAGCAUCAUCAAUUGCAACUGCAGUAUCAACAUCAAGAGCAGUACCAUAGAGAACAUGGCUAUCAGUAUCAGCAACAACCACAACCACAGCAACAGCAACAGCAACAUGGAGUAGUUCCACAUUCACCUAUGGGCGUCCCCAAGUCUCCGGGUCCGCUGCCGGUUAAGCAUAAUAUGGAAGCUGAAGCUCGUGAACGGCAGGCAGAGGAGGCUGCAAUUGUUCCUGACAGUAACCCUCUGGCACCACAGUCGCCGGCUCCUACUUAUGCUUCGCAUUCAGCGCCACCACAUAGGACAAACGGAAGAGGGAUAUCCGCCGUUCCGGAUAUACAAUGCCAUACCCCUGGCCAAGCGUUUCACCCCCAACAAGGGGGAUCUGCUGCUUGGGUAUAUGGUGCCCAUGUAUUCUCUAUGGACGGACACAACACCGCCUCUCUAGGAAAUCAAAACGACAAGACCCGACUAACAUGCUUGGGUAUGAGACCUGCAACGCUUCAUGUACGGCCAUGGCUCUAUUAUGUGGAUGUCAAUGGUUAUUGGCAACCAUUCAGCACACACGGAUCAGACGGGCAUAUAGCAUCCCUGGUGGAAUAA